UGCAGGGAGAGCCGCCCAGCCCUUCGGAGCGAUGGGAGAGUGGACCAUCCUGGAAAGGCUGCUGGAGGCUGCGGUCCAACAGCAUUCCACCAUGAUAGGCAGGAUCCUGCUGACGGUGGUGGUGAUCUUCCGCAUUUUGAUAGUGGCCAUUGUAGGAGAGACAGUUUACGAGGACGAGCAGACUAUGUUCAUGUGUAACACGCUGCAGCCGGGCUGCAACCAGGCCUGCUAUGACAAGGCCUUCCCCAUUUCGCACAUACGCUACUGGGUCUUCCAGAUUAUCCUGGUGUGCACCCCCAGCCUCUGCUUCAUCACUUACUCGGUGCACCAGUCAGCAAAGCAGCGGGACCGACGGUAUUCCUUCCUCUACCCACUACCGGAAAAAGACUGUGCCCGUGAUGGGGGCAAGAAGGUAAAGAACGUCAAUGGUAUCUUGGUGCAGAAUCCUGAUGGCUUGUCCAAGGAGGAACCCGACUGCCUGGAGGUGAAGGAAAUCCCCAACACCCCCUUGCGGCCGCCCAAGAGCUCCAAGGUCAAGCGCCAAGAGGGCAUCUCCCGCUUCUACAUCAUCCAGGUAGUUUUCCGCAAUGCCUUGGAGAUUGGUUUCCUAGCAGGACAGUACUUCCUGUAUGGGUUCAAUGUGCCAGCUAUCUUUGAAUGCGACCGCUACCCGUGCGUGAAAGAGGUGGAGUGCUACGUCUCCCGCCCCACCGAGAAAACUGUCUUCUUGGUCUUCAUGUUUGCCGUGAGUGGGAUCUGUGUCCUCCUGAACCUGGCUGAGCUCAACCACCUCGGCUGGCGCAAGAUCAAGACGGCCAUCCGGGGAGUACAGGCCAGACGGAAAUCCAUCUGCGAGGUGCGCAAGAAGGACAUCUCCUCGCUGGCCCAAGUGCCUACGCUCGGACGGACACAGUCGAGUGAGUCUGCCUACGUUUGAGUUUUGUCAAAUCCCGUGAGGGAACGGGGGUCUUGUCAGCGGGUCUUGAUUUCGCCCGUGCAAAA